AUGACACUACUCACACUAUCGGCUUCAAUUCCUGGCCUCAAACCCUCCAGCCAAGGGCCAACCACCACCCAAUCCGCCACCUGUUUCGUAUCCGUCUACCUGAUUGCUGUUGGGACGGGCGGCAUCAAGCCGUGCGUCUCAUCCUUCGGAGCCGACCAGUUUGACGACACGGAGGAAGUUGCAAAAAGGCACAAGGCCUCCUUCUUCAACUGGUUCUACCUGUGUAUCAACGUGGGGGCCCUUGUGGCCGCCUCAGUCCUUACGUGGAUCCAAACCAAUGUGGGCUGGCACUGGGGCUUUGGGAUCCCGGCAGCCUCCAUGGUCGUGGCAGUUGCAUUUUUCUUCUCCGGAACAAGGUUGUACAGAAAUCAAAGGCCCGAGGGAAGCCCACUCGUGCGCUUGUGCCAGGUGCUGGUGGCGUCGUGCAGGAAGUGUUGGGUACGUGUUCCCGAUGAUGCGUCGCUUCUGUACGAGACGUUGGAUGCAGAGUCUACUGCUGCCGUGAAAACACAGUCCUCGCCGUCAGAUCAAGAAACAGGGCCCGUGAACCCAUGGCUUCUCUGCACCGUCACCCAAGUCGAGGAGCUCAAAGCCAUUGUCCGUCUGCUCCCCGUGUGGGCCACCGGCAUCGUCUUCUCCGCCGUGUACACCCAAAUCUCCACCUUAUUCGUCCUCCAGGGCCUCACCAUGAAUCCCCACCUCAUCCGAGGGUCCACCUUCCGAAUCCCUGCAGCUUCCCUCACCAUAUUCGACACUCUCAGCAUCAUCUUCUGGGUCCCCAUCUAUGACCGUCUCAUUGUCCCCGCGGCCCGCAAGAUCACGGGCCGCGCAAAUGGGCUGACACAACUUCAGCGCAUAGGCACGGGCCUCUUCAUCUCGAUUUUCUCAAUGCUCUCAGCUGGAGCACUCGAGUCCGUCCGCCUCGGCUACGUUAGACGCCACAAUGCGUACCGAAUGUUAGAAAUACCGAUGUCGAUUUUAUGGCAGGUCCCGCAGUAUUUUCUUGUGGGCUGUGCUGAGGUGUUUGUGUUUGUUGGUCAGCUCGAGUUUUUUUACGAGCAGGCGCCGGAUUCGAUGAGGAGUAUCUGUUCGGCUCUGCAGCUCACAACGGUGGGGCUCGGGAGUUAUUUGAGCACGCUGCUCGUGACAAGUAGAGUGGGGUGGAUUCCGGACAACCUUAACUACGGGCAUCUCGAUUAUUUUUACUGGCUGAUGGCGGGGUUGAGUGUGGUGAAUCUAGGGGCUUUUAUGGUGGUGGCCAGGUGGUAUACGUACAAGAAGCCGGUCGGGUUUUUGUGGUGGUGGCCA